AUGAAGAAGUUCUCUCGGAUGCCCAAGUCCGAGGGCGGCGGAGCGGCGGCUAGCGGGGCUGGCGGGGCAGGGACCGGCUCCAGCUCGGGCGGCUCGUCCGUAGGGGUCCGGGUGUUCGCGGUCGGUCGCUACCAGGUCACCCUGGAGGAGUCAUUGGCAGAAGGUGGAUUCUCCACGGUUUUCCUAGUGAGGACUCAUGGUGGCGUACGAUGUGCAUUGAAACGAAUGUAUGUCAAUAACUUGCCAGACCUCAACAUUUGUAAAAGAGAAAUUACAAUUAUGAAAGAGCUAUCUGGCCACAAAAAUAUUGUGGGGUAUUUGGACAGUGCUGUUAAUUCAAUUAGUGACAACGUAUGGGAAGUGCUUAUAUUAAUGGAAUAUUGUCGAGCCGGUCAGGUAGUGAAUGAGAUGAACAAGAAGCUGCAGACAGGAUUUACGGAAUCUGAAGUGCUGCAGAUAUUCUGUGAUACGUGUGAAGCUGUUGCACGAUUGCAUCAAUGUAAGACUCCAAUAAUUCAUCGAGAUCUGAAGGUAGAAAAUAUUUUGUUGAAUGAUAAUGGAAACUAUGUACUUUGUGACUUUGGCAGUGCCACUAAUAAAUUUCAUAAUCCUCAAAAAGAUGGAGUAAAUAUAGUAGAAGAAGAAAUUAAAAAGUAUACGACACUGUCAUACAGAGCCCCUGAAAUGAUCAACCUUUAUGGAGGGAAACCCAUCACCACUAAGGCUGAUAUUUGGGCACUGGGAUGUUUACUCUAUAAACUUUGUUUCUUCACUCUUCCAUUUGGUGAGAGUCAGGUUGCUAUCUGUGAUGGUACCUUCACCAUUCCAGACAAUUCUCGUUACUCUCAUAACAUACAUUGCUUAAUAAGAUUUAUGCUUGAACCAGAUCCAGAGCGUAGACCCGAUAUAUUUCAAGUGUCCUAUUUCGCAUUUAAAUUUGCCAAAAAGGAUUGUUCAGUUUCCAACAUCAACAAUGCAACUAUUCCUUCAGCUCUUCCUGAACCGAUGACUGCUAGUGAAGCAGCUGCUAGGAAAAGCCAAAUAAAAGCCAGAAUAACAGAUACCAUUGGACCAACAGAAACCUCAAUUGCACCAAGACAAAGACCAAAGGCAAACUCUACUACUGCCACUCCCAGCGUGCUGACCAUUCAGAGUUCAGCAACACCUGUUAAAGUCCCCGUUCCUGGUGAAUUUGCUAACCACAGACCAAAAGGAGCGUUGAGACCUGGAAAUGGCCCAGACAUUUUAUUGAGCCAGGGGCCCCCUCAGCCACCCCCUCAGCAGCCCGCUCAGCCACCCCCUCAGCAGCACAGAGUACUUCAGCAGCUCCAGCAGGGAGACUGGCGAUUGCAGCAACUCCAUUUACAGCAGCGCCCUUCUCACCAGCAGCAACAGCAGCAACUGCUACAGGACGCUUACAUGCAGCAGUACCAACAGGCAGUGCAGCAGCAACAGAUACUUCAGCAACAAUUUUUAGUGAAUUCUGUCUAUCAUCAGCAACCUUCUGCGUCGCAGUACCCUACAAUGAUGCAGCAGUAUCAGCAGGCAUUCUUGCAGCAGCAGAUGUUAGCUCAGCAUCAUCAGCAGCAAGCAUCACCGGAGUAUCUUAGCUCCCCUCAAGAGUUCUCACCAGCCUUAGUGUCCUACACUUCUUCGCUUCCAGCGCAGGUUGGAGCCACUGUGGACUCCUCAUACAGUGCCAAUAGGACAGUUGCUGGUAAAGAGGCAGUUGCAAAUUUUACAAAUCAGAAGAACAUCAGUAACCCACCUGAUAUGUCAGGGUGGAAUCCUUUCGGAGAAGAUAAUUUCUCCAAGUUAACAGAAGAGGAACUCUUGGACAGAGAAUUUGACCUGCUCAGAUCAAACAGGCUCAAGGAGAGAGCAUCCCCAGAUAAGAAUGUAGACCCACUUCCCGCUCCACUUAACCAUCCUCCAGAAGAUCCCUUUGGCUCUCUUCCUUUCAUUUCUCACUCAGGUUCUCCUGAAAAGAAAGUUGAACAUUCAUCCAGGAAUCUGGAGAACAGCAUUGCCAACUCAGUCAGGAAUGGAAAAUCAGGUCCAGUAGUGAAAGAUAACCGGACUGAAAAGAAAACGCCUGCAAAUUCCUCAGUACAAGGUCACGCACAGAAGAGGAAUGAGGAAUCUGAAAGUGAUUUCGAAUCGGAUCCCCCUUCUCCCAAGAGUAGUGAAGAGGAAGAGCAAGAAGAUGAAGAAAUUCUUCAGGGAGAACAAGGAGAUUUUAAUGAUGAUGAUAUUGAGCCUGAAAAUCUGGGUCAUAGGCCCCUCCUCAUGGAUUCUGAAGAUGAGGAAGAUGAAGAAAAACAUAGUUCUGAUUCUGACUACGAGCAGGCCAAAACAAAAUACAGUGAUAUGAGCCCCGUCUACAGAGACAGAACUGGUGGCGGACAGGUCCAGGAUGCCAGUGUGACACUCCUCCCCUCAACCCAGUUCCUCUCUGAUGCUGUGGUGGAGACUCCCAAGCAGGAGUUUGAUGUGUUUGGUGCUGUCCCCUUCUUUGCCAUGCGUACGCAAAAGCUCCAGCAAGGAGAGAAUGCCAAGAACCUCCCUCCACAGACCCAUCUUCCACCUGCGGGACUAGAGCAAGAAGAAUUUGAUGUUUUCACCAGGGCUCCCUUCAGCAAGAAGGCGAGUGCAGAUGAUUGCCGUGUGAUGGCCCCUCAAGCACACUGUCUCCCUGGCUGCCCCCAAAGUGUAGAUAUAUUUGGCUCUACUCCAUUUCAGCCCUUUCUCACAUCAGUAAGUAAAAGUGAAAGUAGUGAGGACAUUUUUGGCCUCGUGCCCUUUGAGGAAAUAACUGGAAGUCAGCAGCAAAAAGUCAAACAGCGCAACUUACAGAAACUGUCCUCACGCCAAAGGCGCACCAAGCAGGACGUGUCCAAAAGUAACGGGAAGCGCCAUCAUGGCACACCCACCAGCACAAAGAAGACUCUGAAGCCAGCCUUCCGCACCCCGGAGCGGGCACGCAGGCACAAGAAGGUAGGCCGCCGAGACUCUCAAAGCAGCAACGAGUUUUUGACAAUCUCAGACUCCAAGGAGAACAUUAGUGUUGCACUGACUGACGGGAAAGACAGAGGGUGUAUCCUGCAACCUGAAGAGAGCCUGUUGGACCCCUUUGGUGCCAAGCCUUUCCAUCCCCCAGACCUGACACGACACCCUUCACAUCCCAGCGAUAUCCGUGCUGACCACAGUACCGUAUUGCCUGGGAGGCCAAGGCAGAAUUCACUACAUGGGUCAUUCCACAGUGCAGAAGCGUUGAAAAGAGAUGAUUUUGGUGCCGUUCCCUUUACAGAACUUGUGGUGCAAAGCAUUCCACCACAUCAGUCCCAGCAGUCCCAGUCAGUUGAGUUAGACCCAUUUGGUGCGGCUCCAUUUCCUUCUAAACAGUAG